UACAUAAUAUAAAUUAUCUAGGAUAACCAAAAUAAGUCAAAUUGACUUAUUUCCAUUGGGUCCUUGUAAAAAACAUAAGCAACAAGCACAACAAUAGAACUCAUAAAUACUUCGCAUAACUAGUAAAUUAUUAUUAAAAAAUACAUACUCAAGGCUAAUUGAUAGGUAAGAGAGUAAUGGGUAGAAAUGGUAGUUUAUUAUGGCAGUUGAUAAGAACCAACAACUAUGAUGAAAACAGUGAAGGAGGAAGAUGUUCAAAUAACGGGAAGGAUGGCGCGGAUUCUUCGUGUUUCAGGCAGAGAGAGCCUCAACGUCAGCUCCCAGUCUCCCCUUGUCAAGGACAGUGCUGUACCCACACUGGGUCUGCUGCCAUGGAAACAACGCAACUCUCAACUCCACGGGUUUAAGAACACCAAGUUUGGCAGCCCGGGUUAUCCGUCACCCCUUGACAGGUUCAGAAACACAGAAGAGUCGCCGCUUGGCAGCAAUGCCAGCUUUUCACACAUGCCCCGCUCCUUCCCAUCUGAGCUCAGGUUGCAACAUGCAUCCUCAGCACCUCGCCUGAAUGCUAUGCCAGGUAAUGGUCUCCACAGCUUCAGUUUCUCUCCGGGGCUGUCCAAGGGGUCAUUUGGCACCUCUGAAAACAUCCCCACUGGUCACUGGUUGUUCCGUAACUUUGUGGGUGGUGGCAACUGUGGAGCUGUUUUUCCAACCACCAUUGUCAAUCCAAACAAAGCUGUCCUUACUCUUGAUUCCUCCUCAAGGAUCUUGACAGCGAAUGAUAUGUCAUCAUUGCUUCUUGGUCACUCAGAGGAAACACUGUGCGGCAAGAUGAAACUGACGGACUUCAUUGCAAAUCCUGUAACUAAACAAAAACUCUGUUGCCUCACAAGUCUAAGUCCCACGUCUGAAUUAAACAGCUCUGAGAUUUCCUUUCAUUCCUUGCCAGACCCUGACAUCUUGAGAAAUCAAGGCAUGGUGCUCUUCAGUGGUAAAGUGGUUAGUGUUGACACCUUCGACAAUGGUUCUCUUCCCUGCUCACUGUGGCUGAAGGGUCUUCCAAAAGAUGAAGACGAAGAUCAGAGGUGGAUAGCAGUUUUGGAGCCAGUGGAUAUAACAGUAGCUAAAGCUUCAAUAGAUCAGAUUGGUCAAAUUCUUAAGCACGAUUCUUCCUUUAAUGCGUUAUUUGGGUAUGCAGACAAUAGCGAACUCACCAGACUUAGAAUUCAUGAACUCAUUCCAGCUCUAAAGGUGCCUAAUUGUCCAUGGGAAAUACCAAAGGAUAUUGAGAAGCAGCAGUGUACUGGACAUACAAUUGAUUGUGCAACAUUUCCUUUAUGUGCACACUUCUCGUCUCCUAAUACUAAGGCUGAAAUUGGCAAGAAAACUGUUUAUGACCUGGAAAUUUGGGUUUUCUCGAACAUUAGUGGUCUAAUUGUACUGGACGUCUUCGGAACAAUUAUUGAUUAUAAUUAUAAUUUCACCAGACUUUUAUUUGGUUAUGACAAGAAUGAAUUGGAAGGAAAGGACAUAACUUAUUUAAUACCAACUUUCAUUGAUGAUGUAGCCUUAAUUCAGAAAAUGAAUAGUCCGUCCUUCGACUCUGACUCAGACUCGACCAUCAGUGAUGAGGACGAGAACCAGAAAGAAAAUAGCAAAAGCGUGAGUGUUAAUAGUAUCCAGAUAAAAAAGAAUCUACCAAAGGAUGAUUUAACAACCGUGAUUUCUGAGGCUUCUUCCAUUGCCACUCCCAAUCGGAGUUUCAUUACCACAGACAGUAAGCCACAAAGUUCCCUCUAUGGCUCAUUAUUAAAUUCUACGGGAAAUGUAACUGGUACUGGUGACAACAGUCAAAACUCAGUAAAUACAAGCAAAGCAAUGAGAGAUAUUACAAACUCUAUCAAUGUUCUUAACUUAAGUCAGCAGAAUGUUAUAAAUCAGUCCAGUACUACAAAUGUACAGUCAAGUCCAAGCAAGAUAAGGCAGUUGCAAAAUCAAAAUAAUACACCAAAUGAAAAUCUUUCCAAGGUACAAAGUGGAGGGUGUCCAGGUAUGACCAGAGAAAUGCUUCCUGAAGAUGUGAUCACAUCAACGCCUGCUGUGGAACAAAAUAAAACUCGGGGUCAUUUGCACAGUGUAGAAGAAGGCAGUUUCUUUGGAGUUGGCAAACAUAAAGAUGGCUCAGAUCUUGAAUUGAUUCUUACUCUUAACUUACAGGCUAUCAAAGCCCAAGCACAGAAGGAGGUUAUUGAUCUGGAUGCAGACUCUGAUUCAUCAUCAGAUGAUGAGAACACUCAGACGAGCACUGAUGGCAGCUCAGGGGCAGAGUAUUCUCUCAACCAUUCCAGAAGGGGCAACCGUGAUACUUCCUCCAGUUGUGUAGAUGAAAGAGAAGAACAGCUGAUAGCAGGGAACUUUAGUGACCAGUACACAGUCCUUCAGCAGAUUGGGAAAGGAGCAUUUGGAUGCGUCAAAAUGAGUGUUCGCAAUAGUGAUGGACUACUGGUAGUAACAAAGUUUAUUAAGAAGAGUAAAGUAUAUCAAGACAGUUGGGUUAAUGAUCCCCUUUUACAUCGAAGAGUGCCUCUUGAAGUUGCACUUCUUAUGACCUUAGACCAUCCCAACAUUGUUUCUGUGCUUGAUAUGUUUGAAAAUGAUGACUAUUUCCAACUUGUAAUGGAGAAAUGGGGUGCAGGUAUGGACCUGUUUGAAUUUAUCGACCGUAAUCCAAUUCUUGAAGAACCUCUUGCAGCUCAUAUCUUCAGACAGAUUGUCUCCGCUCUAACCUAUCUUCACUCACUAAACAUCAUCCAUAGAGACGUGAAAGAUGAGAAUGUGAUACUGAAUAAUAAGUUCCACGUCAAACUCAUCGACUUCGGUUCAUCGGCUUUUACCAAACCUGGCAAGAUGUUUUCUCAGUUUGCUGGAACUGUGGAGUAUUGUAGUCCAGAGGUGCUUAAAGGAAACAAGUACAGUGGAUACGAGUUAGAAAUUUGGUCUCUUGGUGUGACUCUCUAUACUUUAAUGUAUGGAGAAAACCCCUUUUACGAUGUUGAUGAAACUAUCAAAGGUGACAUAACCUUCCCCAUUGUGCAUUCCGAAGCUCUGUGUUCUCUACUUACGGGGAUGCUUCAGAAAGAUGCCAAAGCUCGUAUGACCUUGGAGGAAGUGGAAUCGCAUCCAUGGACCCAACUUGAAUGUAAUUUAGAAGAAUAUAAAUUCGAUGAGGUCAUCAGAUGUUCAUAUGAUGAAUGCCAUCCCAGGAAAUAUAUCACUGAGUACAGUGAAAAUGAUACUUCAAUAUCUACUGCUUCCAGUAGUUUCAUCUAUGAGAAUACCAGACGGUCACUAUCUGCCGUGCCACAGGGUAGCAUGAAUGAUAAUGAUGUUGUAAGUAAGCAAAGAUCAGCCACCUCCCUGUGUUUUUUCCGGUUAACACCAGAGCCUUCAGAGGAGGAGGCGUCAAUUUAUGAAAUUUCAGAGUCAGCUGGAGCAUCAAGAACCUCCAGCUCACAAUCAACGUCCUCUAUGAGAAGCACAAUAACAGUCGACUCCUCUUCAUUUUCGUGUUGCUCACCAUCUUCAGAGUCAACUGAAAGUAGUGACUCUUCUACCCAGUUAAAAUCUACACCAUCAAAUACCUCAGCUACGUACUAUGACAACUUGAGGAGCAGCGACACCCUUUCUGGUCGAAGUUUUUGAAGACAGUAUUAUUUGUCCUCUGCUUUGGCAAAGUACUGCAGACUUGAAAACUCUGAGGAUGUGGCUGAUUCUGACUAUGAGAAUACAAAGGAGUACAGUAAGCUGGACUCUGAGGAUACAGAGUGUCACAGUAAUUCCAAGUCAGAUUUUGAGGAUACUGAGUGUCACAGCGAUUCCAAGUUGGACUUUGAUGAUACUGAGUGCCACAGCGACUCCAAGUUGGACUUUGAUGAUAUUGAGUGCCACAGCAGUUCUAAGUUAGACUUUGAGGAUACUGAGUACCACAGCGAUUCCAAGUCAGAGUGUGAGGAUACCGAGUGCCACAGCGAUUCCAAGUCAGAUUUUGAGGAUACUGAGUGCCACAGUGACUCCAAGUUGGAUUUUGAGGAUACUGAGUGUCACAGCAACUCCAACUCUGAAAACACAAAAGAAUAUGAUGAUUCUGAUUAUGAAAACAUAAAGGAAUUUUUAGAUUCUGGUUAUUUACAUAUUAAUGAAUUUAUAGAUUAUGAUCUUAAAAACACUAAGGAGGAGGUAAAUUCUGACUAUGAAACUGUCAAGGAUGUUGGUAAUAAAGGUUUUUUAAAUAGGGAAAGAGUCGAUGUUUAUGACAUGGAAAACAGAAAACCAUCUGAUGAUCCAGAUGCACAGAAAUUUAAGGAAUGUGGUGGAGCUGGAUCUGAUAACCCGAGUAAAAUCUCUGAAUUUAGUGGAAAAUUUUCUGCUAAAAGUACUGGAGCAAACCACUUAGCAGGUAUAAAUAACACUGAGGAUGUGAAGUCUGGUCAGUCAUUGAACCACAAGAAUGAAAUGGAUCAAACUGAUUUAAUAUCUUGUAGACAUGUGUGGAAAGAAAACACCUUGGAGUUUGAAGUGAGGUACAUGAGUAAUGAAUUAUCAAAGUAUAAUGAAGAUGAGGAGUGGUAUGAUGGUAAUGGUGCUGAAGAGGUAAAAUUAGAUUUACCUGAUCCAUUUGAUUCAUGGUGGGAUGAACUUGAAAUAGAGAGUCCAUAA